GGCAAUGCAUGGCAUGCGUGGCAUGGCGCUGGCGCAUCGCGGGUCUCGAUCUUUGCCGGCCUAGCGCACGCCUUCCGGCUGCGCUGAUCGUCGUCCGGUCAUAUUUUUGGGCGAGCGCCUAGCCUGGCGAGGCGAUCGCGGAUCAGACUGUUUAAGUGCUAGCCAUUCAUUUCAGGGGAAGUCAGUAACACUGUUUAAAAUGGCUUCAGAAGUUGUUUUGAAAAGCAAGUUGCCCGUUGUAACUAUUUUCACAAGGUACGCAUCAGGGGGCCUUCUUGAGUCUUGGAAAAAGCGAUUGGGUAACGUCCCAUAUAACUUUUUACAAGUUUUGGACCACCAAAAAGCAGAGGAGACCGUCGCACAGCUUCAAGAAGCAGAGAUUUUAUUGACCGACCCUGACCUCAUCGGCAGCUUUUUCCAUCAGUUGCCUAAAACAAAAUGGGUACAGAGUACAUGGGCAGGUAUCGACAGCAUUUUAAAGGAAGUUAACCCUAAGGACAUACCUCCGCCCUUCAUGUUUACGCGAUUAGGUGUUGGAUUGAGGACUAGCAUGGCUGAGUAUGUGAUUGGUCAGAUGAUUGCACAUGAACGGCAUUUUUAUGAAAUGAAGAAGUGUCAGGAACAGAAAGAAUGGAAACGUAGAAACUAUCGUGUUUUGGGACACCUCACUCUCGGAAUAAUAGGUUUGGGAGACAUUGGGGAAGAAAUUGCACGGCUCUGCAAGGCCUUCGGAAUGAGAAUAUGGGGAUUAGGCAGAAGAGACCUACGACCGGAAGAGAGAUCCAAAAAUGUGGAUGAAUACAGGCCAUUGUCAGGCUUGGCUGAGCUUCUCGCUGAUUGUGACUACAUCUGCAAUGUGCUGCCUCAAACACCAGCAACAGAUGACCUGCUCUCAGGUGACGUCCUGUCCAGCUGCACCAAGCAACCUGUCUUCAUCAACGUCGGACGGGGUAACGUCAUCAGUGAUGACACAGUUCUCAAUGCGCUAGACAAAGGAUGGAUCUCUCAUGCAAUACUCGACGUCUUCCGAACUGAGCCGCUGCCGGCCAGCAGUCCACUAUGGUCUUCCCCCAAGGUGACUGUUACAGCACACACUGCAGCCAAUACUCAUCCCGGUGCGAUUAUUGACAUCAUGGAAGUGAACUACGAUAGGUACAUCAACGGGAAGCCUUUGCAAUACCAGGUAGACUGGAAGCUUGGGUAUUGACCGAUGUUUCUCCAAGCACACUGACUACAAUCACCAGAAGAUCUGACCAGUUGAUUCUACGAACACUGCAAUUGAUUCCUCUUAUUACCAAUGAAAUUAGAGCAAGAAUUUUUGAAUCAACAUUAAGGCUAGUAUAGGUACGUCACUUUUAUCAAUCAAAAUUCAAGUGCCAAAAGGUUACUUUCUAUGGUUCUUUCAUCUAUUUUCCCUCCUCGACUCUCACUCUUUAGGCCAAAUAAAAAAAGUCUACGGUUUCUGGUAUGGAGCUUGCCCAAAAAGUGGUGCGGCGACGCGGCUUUUUUUUUACCUGAUUUUUUCGCUUCAAAUGUCGGCUGAUGACUGCAAAUGGUGCCCGACUAAACUUAGUGCAAAUAUAUGGGAGUCCAGAGAGGCCACAUAAAGCUUAUUCUCGACCAUAACCCAAUCUAAAAACACGUUAAAAUUGUGCAGCAGCAGGAUUCCAGUCAAACCAGUGAGUUUGGCGGUUUUGAGACAUCAUCUUUCAUUGAAAAAAAACCUGUUUCAUUUUGCCGACGCGCAUGGCUACGGCGACGCGCGCGCAUACCAGAAACCGGAGACUUUUUUUUUUUGGCCUUACCCUCCUCCAAUCCUCUCUAAUUACCAGAUACUUACGUCACCCCAAUUCGUACCCGUAAUCCUGUUAUUUAAUCACACCAGCCUUAUCCGCUACACUAGUCGAACGAUCUAUGCCAAUACGGGACUAUUUGAUGUAUUUAAAGUAUAAGGCUAGUGAAUAUAUAUAAUAAACUAAAUAUUCAUAAAAAAAAAAUCAAAUAUUCAUGAUGACGUACUACACCAUCAUUGGGUACAGGUAGUGCGUUGUCGUCACGUCACGCGCACCGCAUGCAUCAAUAACCAAUGCCACAAAUCUUGGCCGCCAGCGUCUGCUGCCUGAUGUGUGCAUCCAAGGUGUGCUCUAAAAACACGUUUCCGAAUAUGUCUUCACAUUUCCAGAGCUUUCUGGAUUCGUCUUAUGAUGUACUAGUGUGGAAUUCAUCCCGUUUGAUGUGUGAUUAUUCACGAUAUGUCAAUUACUGGUGAAAAAGCAAGCACUUUAACACGUCAUGUGCUCCGUGUGUUCAUUAUGAAGACAUACAGUAGGCCUACGUGUACAACUCACAUGCUUGUUCAUUGCUGAUAUGAUUGUGGGCUUGAUAAAAUAAUGCCAAGGUACGUGUACAGCACAUCUUAAGAGUUACCGUACAUGUACCAGCUAAUUACACAAAAUAUUUUUGAAUAGGUUAACUUGGUGUUACACAACAAAGAACUGCCUGAAAUGUA